UUUAUCUACAACUCUUAUUAUCAUCUUCAAUUCAAAUUAGCAAAACAGCUGUACUACACCAAUUUCAAGUUCAAGUUGCCCAAGCAAGUAUUUCACAUUAUUGGUUCUUAUAAUUCACGAUGCGAUGGACAUCAAUUUUUUUCAUCACAUUAUGCUUUUAUCUGUGUACGUACUGUAUUAUUGGUUCAAUUUUUUGGCAAACUUGUGAUGUCGAUAGGUUUUCCGAAAUUAGGGCUGCCUUCUGACGGGGAGUUUCCCGGUGGUUCCCCGAGUGUCGAACCAAAAGGUGGUCGGUCCCAUGGAUGAGUUCUCCCUCAGCCAGAAGCUCUCCCUCCACCGAGCUUUUCGGCCUCUACCGGACUGCGCAAUACCUCCAAAGAGUGUUGCCGCUUCUCUAGAUAAAAAUUUUUGGUCACAAAUCUUGGAUGCACAGGUAGAAAGGACCAAGCCCUUAUCCCAUUCGUCCUUUCACUCCUCAUUCCCAGCUCGAAAACAGGAUGGCUUGCUUCUUCCUCCUUCCUUCUAG